AUGCACUUCAGCUGGUGGGGCACCACUCUGGUGGGGGCCAAAAGGCAAUGCUUCUCGCUGUCAAUCCGAAGGCUUGAUUUUGAGCCUCUUUCGGCCAUUCCCGACACCCAGCCUCGGUGCUUCGAUCUGUCUUCCAUAACGCCUUCGAAUGGCAUCACAAGAAUUUGCGUGCAGUGCGUCAAAUACACUUGUUCCCUUGAUAAUCAGGGAGCACUUCUAUUCUUGGUCACUCUUGCCUCCUUUUGCGUCACUCUUUUCUUCUUCUCCUUUUCUCUUGCUCUACUACCAUGGCUUCCGUGGAGGCACCAGUACCCAGACAGCGCAGAGCCCAACGGAAACGAUCCAAGACGGGCUGCCGCACCUGUCGGUAAGCAUAAAAUAGGGUUGUCCCGAUGUAAUGUCGCAGCUCUGACAGUUCACCGGUACAGUGCCCGGCAUAUCAAAUGCGACGAAUCACCCGGUACUGUAUGCCAAAAUUGCACCUCGACUGGUCGCAUAUGCGAAGGAUAUGACAUGUGCCGGCUGCCGCAUAAGCGAACCGUUGUAUGUCUGCCCGACAUUGCAAACCGUCUCUGUUGGGUCAUGAACUCGGACGAGAAAAGAUGUUUUUCAUACUUCCAUCAUCACUCAAUCUCCAAUUUGACUUCCUUCUUCGACUCCCCGUUGUGGCAAAGACUGGUAAAGCAACUUAGUCACAUAGAGCCGGCCGUGUAUCAUGCUGCGAAUAUGCUGGGUGCGGUUCAAGAAGACUCAGAGGAAAAUAGCAUGCGUCUAGCAGGAGUCAACCUACAUCGUCCUCGGCACCGAUUCGCCUUAGAACAGUCGGCACGAUCUUUUGCUCUUCUCCAUAAGCGACAUGCAUCCCACGAUCCACAGUUUAAAGAGGUAACUCUAGUAUGCUGUCUACUGUUCACAUUGUCAGAGCUGUUACUGGGGCAGUAUGAUACAGCUUUGCAGCAUCUCCGGAGUGGGCUGCAAAUUCUGAAUGAGGCAGCGACUUAUAUGCACUGCUUGUCAGCCAUCGACCAGUCUUUGGUCGAAGCGUUCGUGCGGUUGGAUGCACAGUCAUCGCAUUUCGGAAAGGAUGGGCCACUCUUGCAUCUGAAGAAGGCAGGAGAGGAGAAGUGGUCACACAGCGAUACCAUGUCAUUACCUCGCAAUGUGCAUGAGGCUCGACGGGAACUUAAUCACGUAUUAAGCAAAGGCAUCCCAUUUCUCUCCGAAUGCUGGUCACUUUCCAGUACGGAGAUCAAGCUCCACUAUAACUCAAUGUGCUUAACACAACAGAGUCUUCUUGCGUCUCUGACUCAGCACAAGCAACGAUUAGAAUUGUUCUGCGAACAGUCCUAUGCCAAACUCAGCCCGAAGGAACAGCGAGGGGUAGAUAUAAUCCGAUUGCACUACCUUGCUCAGAUCUUAAGUAUUAAAACCUGCUUCUUCAACGGUCCGACUCCGGGAUAUUUGACCCCGGAAUACGUGUCCUUAUUAUCCGCCCAUGAAGCGCUGAUGGCGAAAUUUCCGGAGCGUUCCACAACCACGUUAGACAAUGGCAUCAUCCCAGGCCUGUACGUCGUGGCAUCUAAAUGUCCCGACUAUCGUGUACGCUUACGAGCCAUUAAAGCUCUCCAGUCCUGGCCGCAUUGCGAAGGCUUGAUAAAUUCCAACAUAGCUGCUUCAUUGGCCUUUGAAUCUCUCAAACGAGAACUCAUGCAAGGGAAUAAAGAUGAGCUGUCACUCAUAAACAUGCUGCACACUGGUCAAUGA